UCCUGUACUAGAUCCCUUAUAAAUUUAUAAAAAAUCCUCUUUCAAUAAAAUUUAUAUAUAUACACUUCCGCGUCUUGAAUUUUUUUCCUCAUCUUCUUUGGUCUUUUCUUGUCAUUUGGCAUAACCAAAGAGUCAAGCACAUUCAAACAUUCCCAAGCCUUAAAACCAAAAGAAACUUAGAUGCUCUUGUUCUUGUUCUCCCUCUAAAAACUAUCCCCUAAUUAACUCUCUCUUUUGUUUGUAUACUGUUCUAAAUCUCCUGAUCACCUUCUUGUUUUCUUGCAAGGUUUUAUAAAAAAAAACAAAACCAACUUCUUGUUCUUUAGCUCUGGUUUACAUCUAAACAAAAACUAUGCAGAUGAUUCCAGGAGAUCCAUUUUCUAUUUCAUCUUCCAUGGGAGGCUUUGUCCAUCAAGAACAGCAUAUUCAUCAUCUUCAGCAGCACAUCCCUGAACUUAACCCUAAUUCCAACCCAAACCCUAGUGCAAAACCAAAUUCGUCAUCAGCCAAGAAGAAGAGAAAUCAACCUGGCACCCCAGAUCCAGAUGCGGAUGUCAUCGCUCUAUCGCCAACAACCCUCAUGGCGACAAACAGAUUCGUCUGCGAGAUCUGCAACAAAGGGUUUCAAAGGGAUCAGAACUUACAACUCCAUCGCCGUGGCCACAACCUUCCAUGGAAGCUGAAGCAACGGUCAAACAAAGAGGUGAUAAAGAAGAAAGUAUACAUAUGUCCUAUCAAGACUUGUGUUCACCAUGAUUCCUCUAGGGCCCUUGGAGACCUCACUGGGAUCAAGAAGCACUAUAGCCGCAAGCACGGGGAAAAGAAGUAUAAGUGCGAAAAAUGUUCUAAGAAAUAUGCUGUUCAAUCUGAUUGGAAGGCGCACGCGAAAACUUGUGGCACUCGUGAGUAUAAGUGCGACUGUGGCACGUUGUUCUCCAGGAAAGAUAGUUUCAUCACACACAGAGCGUUCUGCGACGCAUUAACAGAAGAAGGGGCGAGAAUGAGCUCACUUAGUAAUAAUCCAGCGAUCUCUACAACAACGAGUCUUAAUUUUGCAAAUGAUUCACAUGUUAUAAAUAAUCCAAAUCUUCCCCAUGGAUUUGUCCACCGAGGAGUUCAUCAUCCAGACAUUAAUGCAGCUAUCUCUCAAUUUGGUUUAGGGUUUGGACAUGACCUAAGCGCAAUGCAUACGCAAGGUUCCUCCGAAAUGGUACAAAUGGCCUCCACCGGGAACCACCACCUCUUCCCCUUGUCUUCGUCAUCAUUCCUCUCUGAUUUCUCCGACCACCACUACAACCAACAGUUCGAAAUCCCCACGACUUCCACAAACCCUAAUCUCACCUUAUCAUCAUCCUCAACAUCACAACAAACCUCAGCUUCACUCCCAUCACUACAUCAACAACACCAAACCCUGAAAGGCUCUUCUUUCUCCCCACUCUUCUCCUCCUCCUCCGACAAAAAACAAAACAAGCCUCUUUCUCCAAUGUCUGCCACUGCUCUCUUGCAAAAAGCUGCACAAAUGGGAUCCACUAGAAGCAACUCCACCACCGUUCCGCCCUUAUUCGCCGGCCCAACAAUGACUUCAUCCUCGUCCGCCGCUUCUCCUCCUCCUCGAUCAUCUUCUCCAUUGAUGAUCCAACAAGAACUCAACAACUUCAACCACAAUCUUGCUCCUCCUACCAGUGGUGUAACCACGAGUAGUGUCGAUAAUAAUAAUCCAUUUCAAUCAAAUCGGUCAGGUCUAAACCCGGCUCAACAGAUGGGUUUAACCCGGGAUUUUCUUGGAGUGAGCAACGAGAAUCACCCUCACCAAAUGGGUCGCCAUCCGUUUUUGCCUCAAGAACUCGCAAGGUUUGCUCCAUUGGGUUGAUUUAAUUAGAUCUGAUUCACUACAUAUUUGGAACGUAAAUCAAGAGAAAUAUGGAGGACAAUAUUUUGUGAUUAUGUUUGGAAGUUUCUUCGAGGAGACAAGUCUAAAAAAUCGUACUCCCUUGUGAGGCGGUCGGAAUGUGGGGACAAAAGUUGACAAGAUAUCAUCCUAUCAGUUUACAUUAAAUGCUAUAUGUACUUUUACUAUGUUUUGUGAUGAUCAGUUUACAAUAAAUGCUACUCCCUCAGUUUUUUUUUAUAUAAAUCGUUUUAGAAAAAUU